CUGGAGGGCGUGAAGGGGGUGUGGCCAGGCUGGGCUGUCAGCUCUUAAAGGGGCCGCCGCGCUGGUCGCGGGAGGCGGCACCUGGAGCCAGCGCGGGAUCCUCAGCAGGCACCAUGGCGGAGAAGGUGCUGGUCACGGGUGGGGCUGGCUACAUCGGCAGCCACACAGUACUGGAGCUGCUGGAGGCUGGCUACUCACCCGUGGUCAUUGACAACUUCCAUAACGCCAUUCGUGGAGGGGACUCCAUGCCCGAGAGCCUGCGGCGGGUCCAGGAACUGACCGGCCGCUCUGUGGAGUUUGAGGAGAUGGACAUCUUGGACCAGGCAGCCCUACAGCAACUCUUUAAGAAGCACAGCUUUAAGGCCGUCAUCCACUUUGCUGGGCUGAAGGCCGUGGGCGAGUCAGUGCAGAAGCCUCUGGAUUAUUACAGAGUUAACCUAACAGGGACCAUCCAGCUCUUGGAGAUCAUGAGGGCCCACGGGGUGAAGAAUCUGGUGUUCAGCAGCUCAGCCACCGUGUACGGGAACCCCCAGUACCUGCCUCUGGACGAGGCCCACCCCACUGGGGGCUGUACCAACCCCUAUGGAAAGUCCAAGUUCUUCAUCGAGGAGAUGAUCCGGGACCUGUGCCGGGCGGACACGGCCUGGAACGCGGUGCUGCUUCGGUACUUCAACCCCACGGGCGCCCAUGCCUCCGGCCGCAUUGGCGAGGAUCCCCAGGGCAUCCCCAACAACCUCAUGCCCUAUGUCUCCCAGGUGGCAAUUGGGCGACGAGAGGCCCUGAAUGUCUUUGGUGACGACUAUGCUACGGAGGAUGGGACAGGGGUAAGGGAUUACAUUCAUGUGGUGGAUCUGGCGAAGGGCCACAUAGCAGCCUUGAAGAAGCUGAAGGAGCAAUGUGGUUGUCGGACCUACAACCUGGGCACAGGGACAGGCUACUCCGUCCUGCAGAUGGUCCACGCCAUGGAGAAGGCUUCAGGGAAGAAGAUCCCCUACAAGGUGGUGGCACGGCGGGAAGGGGACGUGGCAGCCUGUUACGCCAACCCCAGCCUGGCCCAUGAGGAGCUGGGCUGGACAGCAGCCUUGGGGCUGGACAGGAUGUGUGAAGAUCUAUGGCGCUGGCAGAAGCAGAACCCUUCAGGCUUUGGGGCCCAGGCCUGAGGACCUCCUUACCAUGGACCAGAAAAGGAAGAGGAGCAGCUGCCUGCUCUCCAGCCUCCACAG